AUGGAAGACGCGAGUUGGACGUGGCCGGCCUGGAAGUUUGGCAUGAAAAGGGACGACCUCUUCACAACCCUCCAUGAUCAGUACAACACGAUACCGUACUCUUUGCAAGACCCCGAAGCCUUCCACCUCGACGUGUACGAAAUCUCUCGCGAUGCCGACACCGUGGACAAGUUUCAUCAGAUGAUGGCCGAUCGGCGGCUGAUGCGUCUCCGCGAGCUCAACGAUUCUCUGGAGACGCUCGCCGUCGAAAUCAUUGCCAACCCGAAGCUCAUGGGCACGGAGCAGUGGCAGCAAGCCCUGCAGUUUUUUCGAACCAAGUCGUAUGACUCUAUUGUUCGCUACUUUGCAAGCUACCUCCCCGACGAGUACUUGGAUCGUCAUGACACGCACUCCACCACGUCAGCCUCCUUGUCUGAGACGGAUAGCAUGAGCACCGCGGCCAGCAGCGUCGACGAUGUUCCGUCGCCCUUUGUGGACGACGACGACUUCUUCCCCAACGGCCACGUCAUGACGGCAGAGCCGUCAUGCUCCGCUGCCGCAGACGAGGCCGUCCAACGCGAGUUUGGUCGUCUCGGCGAACCUCUGUCGCCCCCGCACUCGGAAGCUGGGCAGCCGGAACUGCCCGUGUCAUCACCAGCCUCGACAAACGCCGAGUCGUCGAACGAGUGCUCGACGAAUCCGCCGUCACGAUCAAUGUCCUUUUCGGGAUCCGAGUCGGGACAUGUCGUGCCCGAACUCAUCCGGCAGCGACGAUAUCUCGAUGACGACGAUUUGGACGAGACAUUGCAGGUCGAUGUUGACGAUGAUUGCGACACUGCCAUCACAUCACUCUGUGACUCUAUCGAGUGUUCCUCUGCCGCUGAUGAUGGUGCUAUCCACGUAGAUUCGCAAGCCGAGCCCGAAGAGGGCGAAGCUCUCGAGUUUGAUGAUGACGAGGAUUUACCUACCGCACAGCACCCUGCCGAUGAGCUGGACUACCUUGAUUACACGACACCGUUCCGUACGUACGACAGCCUAGAAUCCGACACGCCCACACCACGGCCCGAGGCAGCGACCGCUGCAUUCCAUCUGCAGUCGCGGUCGGCAAAUGCUACCGUCGCGCGACCUUCACGUGGACGGUCGCCGUCACAACGGUCAGCGUCACCAAAGUUGCUGUUGUUGGCCAGUCGAGGAGGUGCAUCUCCGACACGCCAAGUGCGGAGGAGUCCGGAGGAGUCAUUGAGCAAAAUACAAAAGCCUGCCCAGGAUUUGAUGAGGAAACGACCCAAGGCCAGAAGAAGGGUUGGCUUGGGAAGUGAAGGCGAGAUGGCGGCUGUAUUUGAUGAGGAAACGACCCAAGGCCAGAAGAAGGGUUGGCUUGGGAAGUGA